UAGUUAGUUUAGGUGACACCGGUAUACAGUGUCCUUCGACUCCACCUGCCGUGAACUGCUUUCCCGCGGUUCUGUUAGCAACUUCCCUCGCAGUAAGUUUGGUUAGAGCGUUGGGCCGGUAACCGAAAUGUUGCUGGAUCGAAUCCCCGAGCUGACAAGGGAGGCAAAUAAACAACAUGUUCGGUGUCAGAAGUGUUUGGAGUUUGGACACUGGACAUAUGAGUGUACUGGCAAACGAAAAUACCUUCACAGGCCAUCAAGGACAACAGAAAUGAAAAAUAAACUGAAAGAAAAUCAAAAUAAACAGCUCAAUGCCACAGGACCAGGAAAGGAAAGCUCCAAUGAGAAAAAAACGAAGAAGAAAAGGUCAAAGGAUGCAAGUGGUGGUGGUAGUAGUAGCAGCAGCAGUGACUCUGACAGCUCUUCCAGUGACUCAUCGUCUGACAGUAGUGACUCCUCAAGCUCUUCGUCGGACGACAGUGACAGCAGUAGUGACAGUUCUGACAGCUCUAGCUCCUCUUCCUCUAGCAGUUCAAGCAGCUCGGCCUCUGAUUCAUCAGAAGGAAGUGAUUCAGAUCAAGGUCCUCCCAAGAAGAAAAAGAAGAAAUGAAAAAGAUUUAUAUGUAUUGUGUUCCACCAUGACAUUAACCUGAGCUCCACUCUGACCCUCUAGCUGUUCAGGAGUUGUCUUACGAAGUAUACGGUGUAAAUUGUAAUGAACAAGCAGCAGGUUUGGGUAGGUUAUUUUCUAAAUGUAAUCCGUUAGUUACUAGUUAGUUACCUGUCCAAUUGUAAUCAGUAAUGUGAUCUGAUUAGUUUUUGUUACUUUUGGAUUACUUUCCCCUUAAGAGGCAUUUAAAAAAAAAAUAAUAAUAAAAGGAUCCAUGAAAUGCAUUUCGUGUGUCAUGGUAGUGAUCUCUGACUUGUGAACAGACUCGCUCAGGUGGAACAAACUCUAACUUGCGCAUUUUUUUCAAUGCUAAAUUGAAUGUCAUUAGUUAGGUUUCCAUCCAAUUGGUGACAGAUUUUGAUGCCAAUAUUAAAAAAGGUGCAUAAAUAAAAUCUCUGCAUUUUCUCAGCAGAAAUGUUUCCAUCAAAUUGACUUGUUGUGGAUAAAAGCCUGUGUGUGAUGACGUAGUGCACAUACAUUUCUUUUGCAGUUAAAUUCCCUUGUACCGAAUAGAAAAAUAGAUGGGUUUCUGUUGAAUUUUCAACUCGUCUGAUAGUUUUGUCAGAAACAAUAUUGAGUUAUAUAGCGAACUAAGAGAGGAAAUAAUAAAUAAUACUAACAGAAUAAUGGUAUCAAAACCACUAUGGCCCAUAGCCAAGAGCUCGCCGAUAGAGUACAGGUGUAGCCUAUAUGACGAGACUAUUAUGGACAAAAGAGCGAGAUUAUUUUAAUUUGUCAAAUGGUAACCAAACAUCGGUCAUCAUGUCACAAAUAACACCCUCGAAAUUUAUUGAAAGGAGCAUCAAGCUCAUCACCUUGCACUUUCACCACCCUGUGAAAUUCAUCACACAUUUAAAAAAAAAAAAUCUAUCCUAGUAAACUGCAUGUUUUCCUAUGUCGUAAUGGGAGGACCACACAAAAUAUCAUUGCGUGACUCCAAGUUUACUUAGAUAUAAUGCUUAUUAAAUCAAUAGUUGCACAUAAAAGCGCCAUUUCUCACACAAUGAAUUUUACAGACCCAAAAAGACCCCCCCCCCCCCCCCUUGUCUUACUCCCCAACCCUGACAAACAGUGAGGAAUUUUGUAUUUACCAGAAUGUGUUCUCUCUCCUGCAUUUCUCCCUUGUACAGUCAGUGAACAAGUGUGGUCAUAUCUCAACUUAGUUUCAAAUCACAAGUUUGAUAAUUCGUAUAGAUUUAAAAUGAGAAAUGUAUGUGCUUUUUACAUACCUGCUGUACUUCCUUACUUCUAUUGCUUUUGAGUGACACUUCAAAUGUGCAGUUAUGUAGCUACUGAAAGAUAUGUAAUGCAUAAUUUGGAGGGCCUGCAGCAUUAGAUGCAUUGACCCUUUUCACACUAUCAUGCUAACCUGAACUGUACUGUACUGUGCUGGCUCAGACGUUUUCUUUUCAUGUUGUUUUUCCCCAGUACGAUUCCCGAAACAACCAGCCCAGUACAACUUGGAUCUGGUUCUAGUGUGAACCGAGUUAUUGAUUAUUUUUAUUAUUAAAACAUGUUUUACCCCCAGAUGAGUAUAAACAGAAAAAUGUUAUUGACUGUGUUGAUAAACUGCCAUUUUAGGAAAUUAGCAUGGACUCUGUUUGGCACAGCCAAACUGUGAUCAUGCCAAUGAAUCCCCCUGUUAGUUGUGCUUUUGAUUUGUUUGUUACCUAGUGCCACAUCCUUUAAUCAUUUUUGAAUAAAAGGACAGUUGCAAGUGUC